UGCAACCUGACAACAAUGGUAAGAACUCAAAGUUAAUAGGACUAAGUAUUGGGAACUUCAUGCUCUAGCUUAUAAAUUAAUGAUUCCCUCUUUGUAAGAUUAACUAAGAGUUCUGGUUUAUUAGCUGGAUAACAAUCCCUCAUUCAGUGCCUCAGUCAGGCAGUGGGGGCUCCGUGUAGUUAUUUUGCCUGGUAGGGAGCUGGUUAACACUGACACGGCUGGCUGGUUUUAAUAGGGAGGUAGUGGAGAGAGGGUACAGCACACAGCACAGCCGACACCUGCGAGCACUUGACUGGACUCGCACAAGGGGAGCGCGACUGACUCUGGAGUACUAACGGAUUUAUUCCUCGUAAUAUCCUGAAACGAUGACAAUGCGAAUAGAGAUGUGAAAGGUUUUUUUUUUAGCUUCACGUAUUUCUCUAAGGGUAGUCGGUUAAUGAACUUUAGUAGGCUACUUUAGCUGCGACGGUUGGAAACUUUGGUAACUCACAGAAAAACGAAGAGAGAACCGAAAAGCCUACAAACAAAUGGACACUGACGCGUUUUUGUGAGUUUUGAAGUUUGUGAAAGUUUUCUUCGCGUCGGACAGCUGUGUGCCACGGAAUGUAACAUCUUCCCAUCUUAAAUUACCUGGACUGACUAGAAAUCUCAGUGGGUUUACUGCUGUCAUUAUCAUCAACAUGAUUCAAACGCUUCAACUCAUCCUGAGUUUGUGUGUCUGGGGUUGUCAUGGCAACACCCGCACAGCACCCCGAGUGCACCUGUCAUAUAGAGAGUUACUGGAGACAAAAACCAUACGGCCGUUCAGCUUUUCCUUCAACACCAGUGACUACCGAAUCCUGCACAUGGAUCAGGACCAGGGACGGCUCUACCUGGGCAGCCGCGAAUAUGUGGUCUCCCUGGACAUGCAAAAUGUCAAUAAAGAACCUCUUAUUAUUCACUGGCCAGCGACAGUACAAAGAAAGGGAGAGUGUAAAUUAACCGGCAAAGGUGGACAGGGUGAGUGUGCUAACUUUGUGCGUCUGAUCGAACCGUGGAACAGGACUCACCUGUAUACCUGUGGCACAGGAGCUUAUAAACCCAUCUGCACCUUCAUCAACAGAGGCUGGAGAGCUGAGGAAUAUCUCUUCCGGCUGGUUCCUGGUUAUGUUGACUCUGGAAAAGGAAAGUCUCCAUAUGACCCCCACCAAGAGAAUGCAGCAGCUCUGAUUAAUGGGAACUUGUAUUCUGGAGUGCACGUGGACUUCAUGGGUACUGAUCCAGCUAUCUUUAGGACAUUGGGGGACAGGCCUGCUGUCAGAACAGAGCAGUAUGACUCUCGAUGGCUGAACGAGCCUGUGUUUAUAAAAAUCCAGAAGAUUCCCGACAGUGCCGAGAAGAAUGAUGACAAACUUUACUUUUUUUUUCGGGAGAAGAGUUUAGAUGCUUCAGGGGGCAGUGCUCCGAGCGUUCUCGCUAGAGUGGGCAGAGUCUGUCUGAAUGAUGAUGGUGGUCAAAGGUCAUUGGUGAAUAAGUGGACAACAUUCCUCAAAGCACGCCUAGUCUGUUCUGUGAUUGGUGCAGAUGGUGUUGAAACUUACUUUGAUGAACUGAGAGAUGUUUUCAUACAGAGGACCCAUGAUGAGCGCAACCCCAUUGUGUAUGCGGUGUUCUCCACAGCUGGCUCUGUGUUUAAAGGCUCUGCUGUGUGUGUAUAUUCUAUGGCUGAUAUCAGAAAUGUUUUCAAUGGGCCCUUCUCUCACAAACAUGGUCACAACUACCAGUGGACACCCUACACUGGCAAAAUCCCCUACCCUCGACCGGGGACUUGUCCUGGAGGAACCUUCACCCCUGAUCUCCACACCACUAAGGCCUUUUCUGAUGAGGCUGUAAACUUCGUGCGUGCCCAUCCACUGAUGUAUCAACCCAUUUACCCAAUACACAAGCGCCCCCUGGUGGUCAGGACAGGUGUUGAUUACCGUUUUACCACCAUUGCUGUUGACCUGGUGGAUGCAGUGGAUGGGAGAUAUGAAGUGCUCUUCCUGGGCACAGAUCGUGGAACAGUCCAGAAGGUGAUUGUCUUACCAAAAGACAUCAGCACAACAGAAGAGCUAAUUUUGGAGGAGGUUGAAGUUUUCAAGACGCCAGCACCUGUGAAAACUCUGAAGAUGUCUUCUAAAAGGCAACAGUUAUACGUGUCAUCAGAAAGGGGUCUUACCCAGGUGUCCCUGCACAGGUGUGCUGUUUAUGGCAAGGCCUGUUCAGACUGCUGCCUGGCCAGAGACCCCUAUUGUGCUUGGGAUGGAGAAACCUGCUCUGCUUUCACCCCGGCUACCAAGAGGAGAAGCAGGAGGCAGGAUAUCAAACAUGGAGAUCCCUUACGCCAAUGCAGAGGCUUCAAUGCUAAAGUAGAGAAGCGUCUGAGGGAGACAGUGCAGUUUGGGGUCGAGGGGAGCAGCACAUUUCUGGAGUGCCAGCCGAGGUCUCCUCAGGCCUCCGUCAAAUGGCUCUGCCAAAAGGACGGCAAGCGGAAAGCACUCAAUCGCGAUCAAGAAGUCUUGAAGACGGGUCAAGGCAUCCUGCUGAAAUCACUCACCCAAUCAGAUGCCGGGCUUUACCAUUGCCUGGCAACCGAAAACAACUUCAAACACACCGUGGCCCGCAUCUCUCUACGGAUCCUGGACCGGGAGAUCGUUGAUGCACUGACUGAGCCAGACAUCCCCGUAGAACCCGAGCAUUAUCGCCAUCAUUCGCAUCAUCACCCUCCACCCCCGCCCCCUCCUCCCCAGACACCCCCACCCCCUCUGCAGCUCCAUCCACAGCCAGAGGUGCUCCUAAUCAACCAGUACUGCCAGACCUACAGGCAGCAGAUGCAAAGCCAAGCCCACAAACCCAAACGCAACAACCGCAGACACACAGGCGAACAGGAAGAGGAGGAACCACAGGAGCAGUGAAAGGAACAGCAUCUGGGCACUGUUCGUCAAAUGGCUGUCAAUCUUUGGAUCUUCUCUAUGAACAAUAUGUCCCAUAACUAUGUACUGUCAUCUUUUAGUUAACAGAUUGAUUCAUUAGAUUGAUUCAGUUGAUUCUUUAGAUUUAUCAGACUGUGUCUGAACCCAAUUUUGGUUUUCAUUUUGAGGUCCACUGCCCACCAAAUGCAGUAACUAUCUGAGGUUCAAAGUAAUUUCUUUGUCCAACUUUAUACACACAUAGUAAUGCAGUGCUUUGAUGUGUACAUGAAUCUGAGCAUAUUUGAGCCGAGUCCGUCUGUCACAGGACAGAUUAUAGCGUAAGAGGCCUGAUUUCGGUCAUAACUCGUUCGUACAUUUUGACCAAAUUUGUAGUUACUGCGUUUUGCCUUUGUAUGGUAGUGCAGUUUGAUGUUCUGUGCUCUGCUCCCCCAACCAAUUUCAUUCUGGCUGUGAUAUGCUCAUAUCCCCAAUUACAUUUGUCAUUUUCUAUGGUGAGGUUUAAACAAAGUGCUUUAACAUUUUUAACUGUACUCAAUAAAUUCCUACACAAUGUCCAGCCAAACCAGCAAAACUACUGCCAUAUUAUGUAAAAUAUAAGCUAUUCCCUCUAAAUGUUUAGUGCAUGGAUGACUACAGUGUAAAUACUACCAGAAGUUUUAAAAACAGUUUUUCUAUAGAGGCAUCAAAGCUGCAAAAAGUAUUUAGGGAUGUAUUUAGAGAUCACUGAUUCAAUCGGAAGUCUUUAAAUCCCUCGACCAUGAAAUAUUGCAAUGGAAGGAAUGUACUGGAGCAUUUGAACACAGUUCCCUGAGGAUGCUUGGGUGUACUUAGUUGCAAGACUAUAAUUAUGAUUCAAUAUAUCUUGACAUCAUUUUUAGCAUUGAAGUUUUUACUCUUCUUAGCAUUUACAUUUUUAUAGUUUUCUAAAGUCCUUUUAAGAAAAGAUCAAUGAUUUUAGUAUUGAUCCAUGAAAGAAAUUGAAAGCCUGAAAACUGAAAAGCAUCUUUCACGAACAGUAUGACAUUUUCAUUAUAAACUGAACUGGAUGAUUCUGCUUGGUUAACCAUGUUGGCGCAUGAGUUUCAGUUAAAUGAUUAUUCUGGGUUCAAUACAAGUUAAGCUCAUUCGACAGCAUUUGUGGCAUAAUGUUGAUUACCGCAAAAAUUUAUUUUGACUCGUCCAUCCUUUUCUUUACAUAAAGCAAAAAUCUGGGUUACAGUGAGGCACUAACAAUGGAAGUGAAUGGUGCCAAGCCGUAAACAUUAAAAUACUCACUGUUUCAAAAGUAUAGACACAAGACAUAAACAAUAUGUGUGGUAACAUGAUUUUACAACUUUGUUGCCAUGAUGAUGUAAUGUCAACAAACCCUAAAACUACUGUAAAAUAAUAAGUUUUAACAUGUAUUAAUGUAAGUGCUUUUAUAAAAUUAUAAGCUUCAUUUUCUGGCUUUAAACCCUCCAAAAAUUGGCUCCAUUCACUUCCAUUGUAGGUGCCUCACUGUAACCUUGAUUUUGGGUUUUUUUUUAAAGAAAAGGAGGGACGAGUCGAAAUUACUUUUAGUGGUAAUCAGCAUUUUGCCACAAAUCCUGUCGAUUGAGCUUAACUUGUAUUGAACCCGGAAUAUUCAUUUUAAGCAGUUUUGUCUACCCUCAACAGUGAAGCUGUAAAAUACUAACUGGUCAUUUAAAAGAAUCCGGUGAAUAGAUAAAGAAACAAAAAAAAAUAUAUUUUUAACAAUUUUUUUAUUUGCAAUGAAAAAGAUUUUUGAAAUCGAUUUGUAUAAUACUAAAAUAUAUAAUAUUUUUCCUUCAUUUGUGAUGAAACUAAAAAAGAAAGUAGCUCUAAUUUUAGUAGUAGUACCUGGACAGGUAAAUGUUUUAUUUGGAUAAGAUUGUGGACCAAAAUGAAAGUCAUGGCAACAAGGAUUUGCAAAAAGAAAAAGGUUUUAUAUACAAAAUAGGAAUUAACGAUCAGAACUAUCUCUGUUCUGAUUAAUAAAAUCUGACUUUCUACUUCAUUAACUGUAGUGUAAAGCCUCUGCAACAACAACAAAACAAAAUGUGCAUUAUUGAAUGAGAAAGCAAACAAAAUACCAGCUAGUUGUUCCUCUUCUUUUUUGUCAUUCUUUGUUCCCAAACAACUAUGUAUAAGCAAAUUGCCCUUUCCUGAUCUGGACUGUUGUAUAUAUGUACGGGACAGGGAUUGAGUUUAUAUCUUUGACUCUGAUGAAAGUCGGACCACUAAAAACAUUCUCACUGAGCAUUACUACAAACCAUAAUCAGCUUGUCUUGUAUUCCACAAUUUGUCAAUGGUGAUACUAUAUGUGGUCAUAUUUUGUGCUUGUGUAUAAACACAGUAUCUGCUUUGUGUUGUGUGACAAUGACACAUGUACAUAGAAAAUGUAUGUAUAUGUACUAAACUUUUCUCUAUCCUCAUCUCUCUCGUGACCCUCUCUCUUUUUCACCCGCACCAUACAACAUAUUUAUUGUGAGAGUGUACAUAUUCAUGUGAGUUGUGCUCUUUGGUGGUGGGACAGGGCUGGUGUUGGUGGAAACUGUCAUUGUAUGUAUUGUUUAUUAACAGGACCAGGAUACAUGGAGAAAUGCUCUGGAGAAAGAGGUAGAUGUUUUUGAAAUCAUUUAGUUAGGAUAAGUCAGAAUACUUUGUUUAUUACAUACUGUAAAAAAACAUUUAUGCAUAUAAAUUAAUCUUGGAAUUCACAAGAUUGAAUUUAUACACAGAGAAAGCUGUGUACCACGUUUCAUUUAUCAGGUGGCAUUGCAUAAAAAGAAUAAUUGUUAUAAUUGUUCUGAAAAUGGGCAUAAAACCUAAUUAACAGUUGCAGAGAGUGUUUUAAGCCAGAAAUGUCUACCUCUUCUAGCACUUUCCAUGGAUUAUCACUUGCACCAAGCUAAAGGACCAGUGCAAGGAAAUGUGUUGUACAAUUUUCUUGAGAACAUACUGUAGUGUAUACUUAGCCCACUAAUGUCAGCAUAUGAAAGGAUAAGAGAAUGUGUCUCUUCAGUUGAUGUUUGAGGCAUAUUUAUAAUGACUAUGUGUAAAGAAACAGUUGGUGGUUUUAUCCCCAGACAUGUUAUCUGGUAAUGAAGGGUGGUGAUCAUAUACUAAAGUCCAAACUACAGUUCUUUCCUCUUCACAGAGAUGUUUUUGUGCAAAAUGGCCCACUGUCUGUCUCUGAGGAAAUGUAACACCACAUAGACUUUCUUUGUCCUCUUGUAUCUUUCUCUGGUGUUGGUUAUUGAACUAAACAGAAGCUUCCUAAAUAUGUUCUGUAUGUAUUGACAGAUUUUUGUGUAGGUUUAUGUUAAUGUGAUUGUUUGUGAUAAAUAUGAUUUUAUUAUCAUGGUAUUUCGGGGUUUGGGUGCUAGUUGUUUUUUAAAGCAAUAACAAUAAACUGCUGUUUUUGUUUUUAA